AUGGAUCCAGUGACUGAAGCCGAAUUGAAACAACUUCGCUACAUCAUGCUGCUAUCCAAAAUUAAAGCCAAAAUGGCAGAAGAUCAUCCUAGAGAUCCCAAAGGCAGUGCUAGUGGAACGAAAGAUGUUCAUGGCAACGAAAUCGAAGAAGAGGAUGAAGAAGAAAAUGAAGACGAUAACAAUGAUGAUGAAACAGAAGACGACAACAGUGGUACUGAUGAUACUGAUGAUGAUGAUAAUGAUGAUAACAAUAAUCAACAAGGGGGAGAAAGUGCUGAAGAAGAAGAACCAGAAGAUAGCCACACUAUCUUGGUCGAAACGGACUAUGUUAACUGUCCACAAAGACCACCUCUCUUGAAAAUACCAUCUGAAGACGAAGACUCGGAUGAAGCAUCCAGUAAAAAUCCAGUUCACUCGUCUCGUGCUAUCAUUCCGCAUCUGAACGAAUUUGUACAACAACAACAUAAUCUUCCAGCUCAUGAGGACAGAAAGGAAGCCUCACCUGAACAUGGCCACUCGAUGCAUGGUGAAAAUCCGGAAGCACCACAUCAUGAUGAACACAGGAACUCUUCUCCAACACACAUUGAGGACGAUUCUAUCGCUGAGUCCCCACGGACCAUUAUGAACCUCAUGCGAGAAACUGUUCAUUCAGCUGAACUGAUUCACAAGCAAUAUCUCGCCCUAAGGGAGAAGGACACGAGAGUAUUGAAUGACCUGUGUCAAAAAGUCAAUCUACUCCUUGAUGUACAAUCUCAACCACAGCAACCGAAUCUUCCUCACGACAAAACUCUUAAGCAAUUGGUGAAAAGAGUUUCUGAUCUUGAAGAGAGUUCAAACAAAGUCGCUAGGCAGCAACACGAGAUUAAGCAUUCUCAUUACAGCCUCAAGGAACGUGUUGACCUAGCUUGUACCAAGAUUGACACUUAUCAAGACAAUUCCUAUCAACUUGGUGAAUAUGCUCUUCAAAUUCUGGGAUAUGCUCAAGACAUCCUGCUUGCAAUCAGCCAAAUCCCCUCUGUACCUCCUACUGCCUGCGCUGAUGAUGCCAAAAAGGGGGAAAAUAGGAAUGAUGACAGAGAUAAGGAUGAUGACAACCAACCAAGAAGGGAUAACACGAAAGAAAAAUCUUCGGAAAAGCGAGUCUCUCCUCACAAAGUCUCGGGUCACAAAAAUCCCUCUCAUCCACCUCCUAAGUCUCGUGGACAGUCCCAUGAUCAAAGACGCCAUGGUCGCACUCAAGACAGCGAGGCUCGACAAUCUUUCGGCUCUGAAGCCAAAUAUUUCUUCACAGGACUGUCAAGAAGAGAUCAAGUAAAACUAAGACAAAGGCUCAUGAAAAAUACCUCAGUCACCAUGGAUGGCAUUGGAAACUUCGUGGACUAUGUCCCAUACGAAGAAGGAAGCGGUAAGAGAUUUGAAGGUUGCAACAAUCCCAUAUGGUUGAAGAAGAAAGACAACCACACAAGGCAAAACUACAUGAGCACUCAGAACGAAAGGAUUAAAAGACAAAACAAGGAGUUGUGGGAAAAACACGAUGAAGAGAUCAGGAGAAGAGAAGAUGAAGCUAGAGAAAGAGAAAGGAUUAAGAAUCUCAUCGAAGAUCUAUCAAAUGUAACCAAAGACUCUCCUCAAAAUGUCAUGCACAAUGCAGCUUUCAAAGUGCAUAAAGAGUCAGGCAAGAGCUAUCAAGAAGGAAUGAAUUCGUUUGAACUGAUCUCCUGGUGGAAGUCUGGAAUAGUGGAAGGCAACAACAUUCGAGAAGCCUACAACAAUUACACAGGUCUAAACAUCAAAGGAGGAUAUGAAGAGCUCAAAGUAGACCCCUAA